AUGCAUCCAGGGUCAGGUGACGCGAGGUGCGAACAAGCAGCCGCUCAGCCUUGGCCGGUUCCGGCUCUGAUUGGCGGGUACAUCGCUGUCGGUGCGGACCCACUUGAACCCGGGCAUCCACCCUCCACUGGAAGGGAAGGUGCCGCCAGCCCAGCCCAGCCGUCUAGUCGCACAGAGCAUGGACAGCACAACCUAGCACAAGCAUCCAUCGAUCGCAUCAACGACCGCCUUUCGUCUGCCCGACAACCUUCGCAGCAAGUCUCGAGCCGCGACCUCCCACCCAAGCAUUCGCUCGACAACCUUACGUUGACUUUACAUCCUCCGCGACUUGCCCUCAAAGCUCGCGCGAACUACUGCAAUCAUGAAUCGGCCAGUGCUGACGAGAUGAUCGAACGGCAGGGGCAGUGCCACAGACACUCCGCGGAAUGCCUGGUGGCUUCGGUGGUCAACAACAACCUCAACAACCUGGACGAGCAGGUUCAGCUCGAUUACCAAACGGAAAGCUGGGUACGCGCUUGCAACCGCCCUGAUGGAAACAACAACUCGGGUUGGGCGUUUGGAGGAGGUGUUCCUAUGGCAGGGGCAGGCCCUCAGAACGCAGGACGUCAACUUGGCGGGAACGUGAGCUUUGCGCAGAGCUUGACCGGGUCGCAGCCUGCCACACCUCUGGACUUGUCAGAAUUUCCAUCAUUAUCCAACAACCCUCAGAUGUCCAACGCCAACGCGCAGUCAAUGUGGUCGACGGCUGGGUCGAGGAACCCCGGUGGCCCUGUACCACGCAACCAGUCUGCCACCCUUGGCUCGCAGCAGGGCGGCCAAGAAGAUCUGUUCAGCCCCUCCUCCCGCGGACCUCCAGUGCAGGGUGGCUUUCGGUUCGGAAACCAAGGGAACCUUGGCCAGUCGUCUCAGGCUCAAACCGGUAGCAUCGACGACUUCCCCCCUCUCAACCGAACAGCAAACGGAGACAUUUCAUCUGAGCGCGCGGCGAAUCUGAUGUCAUCUCUGGGAUUUGGACCUCAAGCUGGUGCCUCUGGUCAUGUGCCAAACAGGGGGAAUGGCCUUCUCAACGCGGUUUCGGCUAACAGCCGGGCGAAUGAGGCAAGGUCACCGCCUGGCAUUGGCGCCCCUGGCUCUUCAAGGCCACAGGAUGGCAAGGCCGCUGCUACUGAGGACGAUUCACGGCAGAAACCUACAGGUAUGCGGGAAGAAGGGUCUAGCGCAGCCGCAGCUGAGGGAGCAUCUCCUUUAGGAGCUAUCGGCAACGAUGGUUCUGGUAGGAAUCUGAACGACGACCAGGACGUCCAAGCUGCAGAGGUUAUUGACCCUCUAGCUGGCAUGUCCGCAGCCGACAGGUGGGGUAUUAAGGGCCUCAGAACGCUUAUGAACAACUAUCCCGACUACCACGCGAUGGUAGUGGGCAUGGAUCCGAUGUCGUUGGGGCUCGACAUGUCGUCUCCAGACCUGUUCUCAACGCAGAACUACUCCCUCUUUGACGACACACCUCCUCGGCCAGCUAUAAAUGCCGGUAAAUUCCGACUGCCCGAUUGCUACAACGUGACCAAUGUCCAACCAAUUGAGAGCAAAAUCCCCAACUUCAAUGAGGAGACCCUAUUCUGGAUCUUCUACAGCUCCCCAGCGGACUUGAAGCAGCAGAUGGCCGCAGUAGAACUACACUCACGAAACUGGAGAUGGCACAAGAAAUUGCAGCUCUGGUUGACAAAGGAUGAUCACAUGACUCCUCAAACCCUGGGCCCGACCCAUGAGCGAGGAUACUACAUCGUGUGGGAUUCAAGCACCUGGCGCAAGGAACGGCGGGAAUUCACCCUCCAUUACGGCGACCUUGAUACCAGUCUCAGCCAGGGACCGGCUGUGUCCUAG